AUGGAGCGACAACACCAGGAGUGGCUGGAGGACUUGGUCAUCCGGCUUUUGUGCGUCUUUGCUCUGGACAGGUUUGGAGACUUUGUGUCAGAUGAGGUGGUUGCACCUGUCAGAGAGACGUGUGCCCAGACUCUGGGUGUGGCCUUGAGGCACAUGGCAGACAGUGGCGUUGCCAUGACUGUGGACAUUCUGCUUAAGCUGCUAACUGAAGACCAGUGGGAGGUUCGACACGGAGGCCUGCUGGGCAUCAAAUACGCUCUUGCUGUCAGACAGGAUUUGAUCGCAGAGCUGCUGCCCCAGGUUCUUCCUGCCAUUACAGAAGGCCUGCGGGAUCUGGAUGAUGACGUUCGUGCAGUGGCAGCAGCAGCUUUGAUCCCAGUGGUGGAUGGAUUGGUUCAGUUACUGCCUACUAAGGUUCCCUUUAUUGUGGACACACUGUGGAAUGCCCUGCUGGAACUGGACGAUCUCACAGCCUCAACUAACAGCAUCAUGACCCUCUUGUCCUCCCUGCUUGCUUACCCACAGGUCCGCCAGUGCAGCACACAACAGUCUCUCACAGUGUUGGUUCCUCGAGUAUGGCCAUUCCUGAGACACACAAUUGCUUCUGUUCGUCGGGCUGCCCUAGAGACCCUUUUUACAUUGCUUUCCAAAGCUGACCAGAGUUGUGCAGUGUGGCUGAAUCCCAUCAUGCAGGAUAUGUUAAGACACAUCUUUCAGUCCUGCAUACUGGAGAGCAACCAGGAGAUCCUAGAGCUGAUACAGAAGGUGUGGGGGGAGUUGUUGCGACAGGCCCCGCAGCAGUAUGUGGUGGCGGCCAGCUGUCCUUGGAUGGGCGCCUGGCUCUGUUUGAUGAUGCAAGCACCACACAUCCCAAUAGAACCCAACAUGUUGCUGGAAGUGAAAGCCCGCUUAAAGGAGAAGGCUACUGGAAAGACCCGACAGGGAUCUGUUCCAGUCAAGGAAACGGUCCAGGAGUACAUCGGUGGAGUGGAGACUGUUACCGAAGACCCUGCCACGCGAGACUAUGUGGUGACACGUGCACGUCUCAUGGCUGCAAAGCUGUUGGGGGCACUGUGCAGUUGUAUAUGUGACCCAAGGUUGAAUAGCUCUUCUCAGGAACUACGACCUGCGGAGUCUUUAGCACAACUUUUACUGUUCCAUCUCAAUUCCAAAUCGGCCUUGCAGCGGAUUGCGGUUUCCAUGGUGAUCUGUGAGUGGGCAGGCCUUCAGAAGGAGUGUGAGCUGCUGUCCAGUGUGGUUCAGCCCCGAUUGCUGGUCAUUCUCUCAGAGCAACUCUACUACGAUGAGAUCGCCAUUCCUUUUACUCGCAUGCAGAAUGAAUGUAAACAGCUCAUAGCGCUGCUGGCUGAUGCCCACAUUGACGUGAGAGAAAGAAUCAACCCCACUGUAUUCACCAUCGAUCAGGCUAACGAGCUGGUGACCACCAUGUUCUCAGAAUGCACCUCUUCUCUGAAUCUCAAGUCAAGUCAGUUCAAGCUGCUGGACGGCAAGAGGCUGCAGGCUCGUUCCACUGUGUGCGAGACCAGCGCCGAGUGGCAGCAGCUGCAGCUGAGAGUUCAUACCUUCACUGCCUGUGCUGUGGUAGGACUGGCCAUGCUGCCAGAUAAACUCAAUCCUGUUGUCAGGCCCCUGAUGGAGGCGGCCCGCCGCGAAGAGAACACACUCGUCCAGGGUUACGCGGCCUCCAACAUCGCCCGCCUGCUGCAGCUGUGCGCUUCCAGAUCUCCCUGUCCGAAUGCCAAGAUCGUGAAGAAUCUCUGCAGCUCUGUGUGUGUAGAUCCAAAGCUCACCCCUAGUGCUGCAUGUCCUGUCCCUCCAGCCAGCACUCCAGCAAUACAAGAGAGCAGUAAGGCAUCUGUGGCAGAGAAGGAUGCGAUGCAUCACAUGGUGAACAAGACAAAGGGCAUCAUCACCCUUUACCGGCAUCAGAAAGCAGCUUUUGCCAUCACCAGUAAGAGAGGACCCACACCCAAAGCCCCCAAAACCACCAACAAUGACCUGCCCCUCGUAGGCAGCAUUACCACAGAAACAGAUGAGAGCAAGAAGCCGUGUCUUAUCCAGAGGAGAGGGGCAGAGUUCUGCUUGAUGACCGUUGCCAGGCAUUUUGGUAAGGAGUUGUCAAAAACUUUGCCAUAUCUGUGGGAGUCCAUGACCGGUCCACUGAGGAAUGCGCUGAAUGCUCAGGGAUUUGAUUCCAGCCAGUUGUUGAAGCAGGGAGACUCGGUUGCUCAGGAGCUUGUGAACUCUCUGCAGGUGCUGGAGGUCACAACAGGAGCCAUGUCCCAAGAGCUCAUCCCUUUAUUGAUGGAGCAGUUGGCUCUCCUGUGCACCUGUCUGCAACAUCCAUAUACAGCCGUACGUCACAUGGCCGCGCGCUGUGUGGGCGUGCUCAGCAAGAUUGCUACUAUGGAGACCAUGAAUGUGUUUCUGGAACAUGUGCUUCCCUGGUUGGGUGCUAUUGAUGACAACACCAAGCAGGAGGGAGCCAUCGAAGCCCUGGCCUGUGUGAUGGAGCAAUUGGAUGUGGAUAUCGUGCCCUACAUCGUGCUGUUGGUGGUCCCUGUGUUGGGCCGUAUGAGUGACCCCGGGGACAGCGUGCGAUUCAUGGCCACACAGUGCUUUGCAACCCUGAUCCGACUGCUUCCUCUUGAGGCUGGAAUCCCAGACCCGCCGUCUAUGUCUGAAGAUCUAAUUCGACAGAAGGCCAGAGAACGACACUUCCUUGAGCAGCUGCUUGAUGGAAGGAAACUGGAAAAUUAUAAGAUUCCUGUGCCCAUCAAAGCAGAGCUCAGGAAAUACCAACAGGAUGGAGUGAACUGGCUGGCAUUUUUGAACAAGUACAAGCUUCAUGGGAUCUUGUGUGAUGAUAUGGGUCUGGGUAAGACCCUGCAGUCCAUCUGUAUUCUGGCAGGCGAUCAUUUCCUCAGGGCUCAGGAGUACGCCAGGACAAAGGCCCCCGACUGUUGCCCUUUGCCCUCCAUAGUAGUGUGCCCACCCACCCUGACGGGGCACUGGGUGGAUGAGGUUGGGAAGUUCUGCUCUAAAGAGUAUCUCAAUCCUCUGCACUAUACUGGCCCUCCUACGGAAAGAGCAUGGUUACAGCACCAGGUGAAGAAACACAAUCUCGUUGUUGCCUCGUACGAUGUCGUUAGAAAUGACAUUGACUUUUUCAGGGAUAUUAAAUUUAAUUAUUGUAUCCUUGACGAGGGUCACGUCAUUAAGAAUGGAAAGACCAAACUUUCUAAAGCGAUCAAGCAGUUAACCGCCAACUACAGAAUAAUCCUCUCAGGAACACCCAUUCAGAACAAUGUUCUGGAGUUGUGGUCUCUGUUUGACUUCCUGAUGCCAGGCUUUCUUGGUACUGAGCGUCAGUUUGCUGCCCGCUAUGGGAAGCCCAUCCUCGCCAGUCGAGAUGCUAAAAGUUCCUCACGCGAGCAGGAAGCAGGUGUGCUGGCAAUGGAAGCGCUGCAUAGACAGGUUCUGCCCUUCUUAUUGAGGAGAAUGAAGGAUGAUGUGCUUCAAGAUCUGCCACCCAAGAUCAUACAAGAUUACUACUGCAACCUGAGUCCUCUACAGGUUCAACUGUAUGAGGACUUUGCUAAAUCUCGCGCAAAGGUGAACGUGGAUGACGUUAUUUCCACAGCGUCUAUGCAAGAGGAGGAAGAGAAACCCAAAUUAAAGGCCACCGGACACGUCUUCCAGGCUCUGCAGUAUCUGAGGAAGCUGUGUAAUCACCCAGCACUGGUGCUGACCCCUCAACACCCAGAGUACAAACACAUCACAGACCAGCUGAGCAGCCAACACUCUAGCCUCAGAGACAUUCAGCACGCCCCAAAACUCUCAGCCCUCAAACAGCUGCUGUUGGACUGUGGACUGGGUUCUGCUGGAGCAUCUGAUGGUGGCACAGAGGCUGUAGUGGCCCAGCACCGCGUUCUGAUCUUCUGCCAGCUGAAGAGCAUGCUGGACAUCGUGGAGCAGGAUCUGCUCAAAGCACAGCUGCCCACCAUCACCUACCUCAGGCUGGAUGGAAGCGUUCAGGCCGGCCUCAGACACUCUAUAGUCUCUAGGUUCAAUAAUGACCCGUCCAUAGAUGUUCUGCUGCUCACUACCCAUGUGGGUGGGCUGGGUUUGAAUCUGACUGGAGCAGAUACUGUUGUGUUUGUGGAGCAUGACUGGAACCCCAUGAGAGACUUACAGGCCAUGGAUCGAGCUCACAGAAUAGGACAGAAACGUGUGGUGAAUGUGUAUCGUCUCAUCACACGGGGCACGCUGGAGGAGAAGAUCAUGGGUCUGCAGAAAUUUAAGAUCACCAUUGCAAAUACAGUCAUCAGCCAAGAGAACGCCAGUCUACAGACCAUGGGCACAGAACAGCUGCUCAACCUCUUCACACUGGACAAGGAUAAAGCAGAGAAGAGCGAGGCAGCAGGGUCAUCCUCGUCUGGUAAAGCUAGUAUGAAGUCUGUUCUGGAUGGGUUGGGUGACCUGUGGGACCAACAGCAGUACGAGAACGAAUACGACCUGGACGGCUUCAUGCACUCACUUAAAUGACCCCAGUUCAACACGCACAAAAAAAACCCCACAGAAAUGACUUGAAGCCGUCUGAUUGGACAACGGAGAGAUGUGUGCAAGCACUGUAGCUUAUCGGCCUUAAACACUCCAGUCUAACGCUCGUCACAGUCUUACAGCUCUUCCUCUUCCUGUAGGUUCUUACAAUUCACUCAAGAUUUAUGAUCUAAAACUGUCCAUUAUUAAUGUGUCGCUGGAGGAACUCUUAAAGCUAAUCUUACGAAGUUGAGUGUUGUACAGAUGACAACCUCAGGAUUUCCAGAACUCCCCAUCAGUAUCUGUGAUGACAGUAUUUCAGAACUGAAUGAAGAGAGCUGGUGAGACGAGAACUGGAAUGCACUGGAACGCUUCCGUGAUCGCGUAGAAUACGACUCUAAUGGUUCAUCCAGACCACUAGGAGGCGCUUGACUAACUCCUGUAGGAUUAUGAAGGGCUUGUAGCUGCUGCUCCAUCAGAAACGUCUUACAUGCACUGACUGAGAUCUUUAGGUACAGCUGGAAGAGCAGCAGGACAAUGGCCUCGGAAACAUUGUAGAGUUUUAAAAGGAGAAAAUAGAACUAAAUAUUUCUGUUAUUUGCCUUUUUGGUAAGCUGGUAGAAUUUUAAUAAAUUCUAAUGAGCUCU